AUGAGGAAAAAGAAACUCAAAUUACAACCAGAUCACUUAACUUUCUCAUCGCGUCAUUCUAUUUUGUAUUUUGCUUCAGGUUGUACACUUUCAUUUGUUUCUAUGUUUCAAGAAUACUCGUUGUUGACUUUGCGCUCAAGACAAAUCUGUUUCUCGUUCAAUGAUAACAGACGUUCGGAUUUCAGAAUACAUCAUUUUUGUCAUAUUUCUAAAAAACUAAAGUAA